UCUAAUUCGGAGUACGUCCGGUUCUGGUCUCUGAGAGAGAGAUUCGAUUCAGAUCACAUGGCGAUCGAGGGCGCCCCGCCCCUUCCGCAAGACGUAACGGCGGAGAUCCUCUCUCGUCUCCCUGUGAAAUCCCUUCUCCGAUUCAAAUCCGUCUCCAAAAACUGGUUCUCUCUCAUCCAAAACUCCGACUUCGUCUCCCUCCACCUCCACCGCUCCACCACCACCAACGACUGCCUCCUAGUCAAGCGGUUCCUCACCGACGACGUUCGCGACUCGGUCCUGUCAACACUCCCCCCCAACGAAAGAACCCCGGUCUGCGACCUGCUCGACGUCUCCUCCACGACCGGAGCAAGCGUCUGGGAUCUCGACCUCCUGGCCUCCUGCAACGGCAUCGUUUGCCUCGCCGGUAAGGAACGCAGGCAUGCUGCUGCGAUCGCGCUAUGCAACCCGUUGAUGAGAGAAAUCAGACUGCUCCCUCAACCUCGUUAUCACGCGAGGUACGCGAGCUUUCUAGGGUUCGGGUUCGAUCCGGUUACUAAAGAUUACAAAGUGGUUAGGGUUGCCACACUUUUCGAAUUGGAUAUAAAGCCUUACGAAUUUCCUGAUAAUCCCUAUGAUGCUGCUGCUGUAGGGAUUGUACAAGAUAUGCCCGUCGAUGUGAAAGUUGAAAUAUAUAACCUGAGUAGUGAUUGUUGGAGAGAAAUAGAUGACCCGGUCGUGCCCGGCGAGUACCAGUGCAAGCGCCAUCCUAAUUUUUGCGCAUCGUUGAAUGGUGUUUCCUAUUGUUUCGCCUCCCCUUGGGAUCAUCAUCAACCCCGUGAUGAGGUGAUUAUCGGGUUUCGAAUGUCGAACGAGUUGUUCGAACAAAUACCCUUGCCCCAUGAGGUCUGCUCGCAGUCGUGGUUUAACAUUAACCUGUUUACGUUAAACGAUGCGCUUGCGUUUGUUACCAUUCCGUAUCUUUGGGUUCCAUAUCCAGCGUCCGAAGGCGCAGGCUUUGACGUAUGGGUAAUGGAUGGAUACGGCGUUGAGGGCUCUUGGAAUAAAAAGUACACUAUUGGACCCUUCUCAGAAGGGUACCUCUAUCCGUUGCUAUCACGCCAAAAUGGCGAGUUCCUUCUUUUGAGGUGCGGAGAAAGGCGCAUGGUGUCUUAUGACCUUAAUACUGGAGUAAUAACAGAGUAUCAAGUAUACGAUGUGCCUGGAUCAGAAUAUUGUGUACGGGGCUUACAAGUUCUUCCUUACACAGAGUCGUUAGUGCCAGUCAAGAGACAGACACAUUGACCAAGAUAGUAGUUCUUCUAUCGAAUCUCCUCUGGAACAUAUAUAGGGCAUUGCUGCUUUCACAUUUUGCUAAGCGAGUAGUCUCGGAGAAGAGGGAGAGAUUAUUGUGUGUUUUGGUAAUUUGAAGAACCAGAGAGGAUGCAACUCCGCUCUUGUGUUCCCUCCACAGCUACAAUGUACAACUUCACCUAAAUAGAUUUAUAAUGUACAACUUCACCUAAA